AUGAGAACCUGUUCCCUCAACGGCCGGAUUUUCUGCUUGAUUAUCGGACUUUUUGCUUGCGCGAUGGAAGCUAAAAACGUCGCACAUCUGGAUGUGUUGUUUGAUCCUACAAGCGGCAAGUUUAAGCGCCAAUUACCCAGCUCUUGGCGUGCAUCUGAUGCUGAAGACAAGACGUUGAAGGUUAGAGACGCCAGGAACGUCUCACCUUUGAAUUUGGAUGAGUUAUUUGAAAAAGGGUCAUUUGACAAGAGGGAGGUUCAGCAGCAAAACGUCUACGCUGCUGAAAAAGAGCAAGACGAGCAGCAAACUGGAGAAGCGUGGGAUCCAAUUUGUCUGGACUCUAGACUAGCUUCUAUGAAUGAAAUCAGCAUCUUUACCAGUUAUUUGAGAGAUGACGUGAUCUUGUCACGGAUCAUGUGCGACCCUCUGGAGAAUGUUAUCGUCUUUGCGCCCUCUGAUCGGGCGGUAGAAUCGCUACCCAAGAAGCCUUGGCAAUUUCCUACCGACGUUGAGGCCCUGGAGGCUCAGAAGUCGGACGAAGAAACUAUUGAUCGAGCAGUCAAUAGCAACAUUCAGCAUUUCGUCCAAUCCCAUAUCGCGACCAGUGCUAGUAUCAGAAGAGCUCAAGAUAUGAAAGAUUGCAUGCACGACAUGGUGGUGCUAAGAAGCUUUGCGUUUGAAGGAGAUGAUAACUCUGGUGACAUUAUGCUAAUGAAACAAAAGGGAGAAUACUAUGUGGCCCAUGCAAAUUCCGUUGAUGAAGGUUUUCAAAAAGUUCACGCUAUGGAGCAGGCUCAGAAUGGUAUUGUGUUCACUAUUUGGAGACCUCUCAUUUCAGCUUAG